AUGGAUGUGCACGAGGUCCACCGAGCUCGGGCCCAGAUGACAGCGUCGAGCAUUGGGGAGGACAGAGCCAUCCUCCUGGGCUAUAUCAUGAUAGCCUUUUCUGUGCUUAUGUUCUUUGUGGUUGGCAUCACUGUGGUCAAACCGUACGUUAACAGUAACUGGCAGAAGGAGGCCGGCUGUGUGCUGGUACAGACCGAAAUCCUGACAGACUGGGUGGACUGCAGAUCGGUGACCACCGUGCCGUGCCUCAGGCUGACGGUUAACCUCACAGGGUCCAAUCAAAGCGCUUUUCUGCACUUUGAUGAAGAAUCAGUUCUCCUCGCUUCUGAGUGUUUCUACGUGCCCAAGUGUCGCAUGGACAGAGCAGAUCUUGAAGCCGAAGUUCAGAAAGUGAAAAACACCUUGGACGUCUGGCUGGGGAGAACCUCAUCGUGCCUCACAGACCGUAUGAGUUACCCCAAGGACGUCAUCUUAGGCAGGAAGUACACUCUGAGGAAGGCUUUGUUUGCACUGCUGUGGCCCUGUCUCAUGCUGAGUGGUGGGGCUUUGUUGGUAGGCCUUGUGAAGCUGACACAGUGCUUAGCAGUUCUGUCCCAUGAGAUGUGCAGUGAGAGCACAGGGAGCAGGCUGACAUCAAGAUACACCCAGGGCAAACUGUACAGACUCCUCUGGAGGUCCAGCACGCAGUCAUCCUCAUGACAAAAGUCAGUGUUUGUGCUGCAGCACACCAAAAAUACAAUCAGUACACAUGUAGCUGGUACAUAAAUGUGAAGC